GCCGAGAGCAGCCGAGAACCCGUAACCGACAAUCAGCUCCACGGCAGGGACUCUGCACCGACCCACUCCCGCUCUGGCCCAGAUCAAGCGGACGCCGGCCAAAGCUCUUCGCUGAUACUGCCACUACAAUCGGUGCUGCUGUUGCCUAUAUCCGACCCACGACGCACCGCGCUGCAAGUGACGACAUGGCCGACGAUGACUUUGACGGAGCCUCGGGUGGAAUGGGCGACGAGGAUCUCACCCUGCCCAAAGCCACAGUCGCCAAGCUAAUCCAAGAGAUGAUGCCCGCCGAUGUGGUCUGCGCCAAAGAGACCCGCGAUCUGCUGGUGGAAUGCUGUGUGGAGUUCAUCCAUCUGGUUUCGUCCGAGGCGAAUGACAUUUGCGAGAAGGAGGAGAAGAAAACCAUCCUUGGCGACCACAUCCUGGCGGCCCUGAAGACGCUGGGAUUCGAGGAAUAUGUGACCGAGGUCCGGGGUGUCUACAAGGAGCACCAGGAUCAAAUGAAGGUCGACCAAGAGGAUCGGGAGAAGCGAUCGAAACGACUCCUGAAUUCUGGAAGAACCCCCGAGGAGUUGCUGGCCGACCAGGAGCGGCUCUUUGCGGAAGCUCGCCGGUUUCACAACAGCUCUGCCGCAACAACCCCCACGACACCGACACCCGGAGUGCCGCUGCCUUACUCGGUGCCCACUGCCGCUCCAGCUCCCGAGGGUGGCGACGAUGCUGCAGCCUCUUGAUUGCCGCCUCAUUGGCUUCAGCAUCAUCCUGCUGCCCGUGCCUACCCUUGGCCUUCGUUUUCUGGCAUCUCAGCCCGUUCGGGUUGAAUUGGUUGUGCUGCUCAUGGUACCGGCGACACCCUCUCAAUACACAUGGAAUACGGAGAUGACGCUC